AUGGCCUCCUCGAAGGACGUCCUCGACGGCCACAGCAAGCACGAGAACAGGAGCAGCAACGACGCCAGCAAGCUCAUCUACCCCUCUGCGGCAGCCAAGUCCCCUCACAACAGCCUAGAGACAUUCGUCGGCUACGCUGAGCGGACGGGUCUGGACCCCCGAUCAACCGUCUACGUAGGCACCCGCUACGAGUACCAGGUCGCAGCGGCCCUUUCACGCUACGGCUUCCACCUCGUGCGCGUAGGCGGCGCAGGCGACUACGGCACCGACCUCCUGGGGACGUGGACGCCUCCGACGACGGGGACGGCCCUGCGCCUCCUCGUCCAGUGCAAGGGCGGCGCUCAGCGCGUGGGACCCAACCUCGUACGCGAGCUCGAGGGGGCCUUUGCCAGCGCGCCGCCCGGCUGGAGGGGUACCGGCGGGGGCAGCGACGGCGGCAAUGCCAACGCCAAUGUCAUGGGCCUGCUCGUGGGCCAGAGGCCGGCCACGAAGGGGGUGCGCGACUCGCUGGGUCGCAGCCGGUGGCCCAUGGGAUACGCCUGCUGCGAUGCUGAGGGGAGAGUGAUGCAGCUGAUGUGGAAUCACAGGGCUGCUGAUGGGGGAUUGGGCGAUCUCGACGUCGUGACGAGGAGGUCUCACGGUGAUCGGGGCGAGCAGUCUGAGGUUGUGUUGGUGCGUCAAGGAAAGGUGCUCCCCUUUUGCUGA